CAGUUGGAACACAACGCACCGCGAAGCCAUGCUAUAGCUUAGCGGAAACCGAGGGAGGAAAACGGGCCACAGUUGAACAGAUGCCAAGAUAGAUGUAGAAAAUGAAUUAAACUUAUUCUGACUUUCCAAGAUGACCUAUGGUGCAUUCUACCUGUUGGGAGCGCACGGGGAUCUCUCACUGGGAGUGCGUCUGUACCGGAGAGCGGUUUCCUGAGGGGGGUUGGUUGUUGACAGGCUGUUUCUGACAUGAAGACGCGACCCGCGGGGAUCGGGAAUUUCAAUGCUGACUGGAUGGGUUCGCUCCCCUCCAAGCUCAGUGCCAUGCCACUAAAACACCUCGCUGUGCCAGGGUCCCAUGAUUCUUUCACCUACUGGGUAGAUGUGCAUGCUCCUGUGGGCCCUGAUCAGAAGGCUUAUGUCAAAUAUCUGGCCACUGUCUUCAGUGUCUUAGCCAAGAAAGUCAUGGUGAAGUGGUCCAUGACACAGAACCUGACUUUUAAGGAGCAGCUGGAUGCAGGAAUUCGUUACUUUGAUCUCAGGGUCUCCUCCAAACCAGGUGAAUCUGGAAAGGAGAUUUACUUCAUCCAUGGCCUCUUUGGACACAAGGUGAGGGAUGGUCUGUUAGAAAUCAACUCCUUCCUAGGCAGACACAGGAAAGAGGUGGUGUUUCUGGACUUCAACCAUUACUAUGCAAUGGAUGCAGAGCAUCAUGUUUACCUCAUCAACAUGCUCCAGGAAGUGUUUGGCAGCAAGCUUUGUAACAACUGUGCAGUGGAGAGCAUUACUCUUGACUAUCUAUGGGAGAAGAAAUAUCAGGUAAUAGUGUUCUACCAUCAUCCCUCAGCUCAGGGCAUCCCUGUAAUGUGGCCUGGCAGCAAGAUCCCCGCUCCCUGGGCAAACACCACCGAACCCAACAAGCUCAUUCAGUUCCUGGAAACUACACUGAAGGAAAGAGCAAAACAGGGCUCCUUCCAUGUGUCCCAGGCCAUCCUCACACCCAGGGUCAACACUGUGGCCAAGGGCCUGGUCUGGGGCCUACGUAACUACCUGGUGGAAAGAAACCUGCCUACAAUCAUAUCCUGGGUUGAGGUUCAGAGGCCCGGGGUGGACGGGGUCAACAUCAUCACCUCUGACUUUGUGGAGCUCACUGACUUUGCAAACAUUGUCAUCAAACUCAAUAACCAGCUAUUGUCUGAAUGGGACAGCAAACCAAGAUGACACGUUUGCACAACGGGACUAAUGUGUGCUGAUUCACGGUGUGUUGGAGGUUGGACAGUGGAUGGUUGGAGUCCCUGCAAUCAGUUUCUUAAAACAUUCUGUGAGGUUAAUUUUAAUAAUAAUAUAUUAUAUGACACCAGUGACUCAAAUAAGGAUUGUUAUCAUCAGCUAGUAAACAGACCGUCCUUUAGCUGACAAGGUUUCAUUGUCUUACACUUGAGCAGUAAGAACAAAAUUACUGUAUGAGCUAGAGACCUCUACAUGUUUUGAAUGACAUAAAGCCUUUAAAGCUUCCAGGAACUCAUCAACUAACCUUUGGCAUUUUGAACAUCACGGUUUUAGUUGCAGCUGACUUUCUGCCACAAUAUCAUGCACAAAGUCCAAAAGAGCGAAAGAAGCCAGAGCUUAGGUCAGAGAAGAACAAGAAUGCUCAGUUGCAUUUUUUUUACCAUCUUCAUAAUGCCAACCAAAUCCUGUUAGACCACAGCCAUGACUUCAUUUGGGGAUUUCUUUUCAUACAUUCCCUUUUGAGGGAAAAUGGAAACAUAUCACAUUGCCUCUAUGACAUGGCACUGCCACACAGUUCACCACAUUCUCAGCUACCUGUAACAUGAACAAUGAUUUAACUUUUAAGGUUCAACAUCUCAGAUGCUUAAGAGGGGGUUCUAGAUUUUACUUUUUUUUUCCAGUCAUUGAUAUCAAUAUUAUAACAGUUGGUUUUGUUCCUUUUUCAAAGAUUAUUAUCCCAUUACUGAUCACAUUGAAUUUUUGAAUUAUGUUUUAAGCCUGGAUCAGAUAUUAAAACACUAUAUUUAGGUAUUUUAGGCAUCAACAUCAUAGAAACUUGUGUACACAUAAGGUAUUCCGAAAAAUAUUCAGACAGCUAAUUACAUCCAAAAUUGUUAUAUAUUAAGAGUCUAUGAAAGACAAGACCUGACAUGAACAGAAUGGAAUUUGUUUAUUGUAUUUCAAACAUAUUUAUAAUUGUAAACACUCGGCCCGAGAGAUAAAGUUGGUUUUGAACUGUGCACUUGGUGUUUUUCAAUAAUGAAA